UGUUCUUGACGGGAACGUACCCCAUAAAAGGGGAAGUAUGAAGAAUUCCGGAAAUCAGCUAGCGAGGUUUCAAUAUCUCUACCGGGGGAAAGUAGCCGUUGCGUUCAAAACCCUGCAGCUACACCAUCAAGCAGAACUCACACUACUCUUCAGCAUACAAAAUCUUGAAUCCAAUCUACUAGGCAAGCGGAUCCCCUUCCCCCCCACUCUACAAUGUCGAGCAAUCAGGGUAACAGAAGGUGCGCUGGGUGCAAGUAUCUGAGAAGAAGAUGCCCCAAAGAUUGCCUGCUGGCUCCUUAUUUCCCUCCCAACAACCCACAGAGAUUUGAAUCCGUCCACAAGGUUUUCGGUGCCAGCAAUGUCGCCAGACUCUUACAGCAAGUGGCAGAGGAUCGGAGGGCAGAGGCCGCGGACUGCAUGGCGUACGAGGCGAGCUUGAGGGUUAGUAACCCAGUGUACGGGUGCGCUGGGAUGGUAUAUCAGCUGCAGGAGGAGAUAAUGAAGGUGCAAUUGGAGAUUCAGGACGUGAAAGGCAAGAUAGCGUUGCACAAUGCAGGACACUCGUUUUUACCGGCAUUACAGCAGCAGCAGGAAGAGCACAAGGAGAAGGAGAGGAUUGUAGGUGUUGCUGCAGGAAAUGUUUAUCAUGAUCAUGUGGGACUGCAGCAGGGUGCAUACAAUUUAGGAGGCACUGAGGAGGAGGAUGGGCUUCUAUGGCCUGGUUUAGUCACAGGAAAAAUAUGA